AAUAGAUGAAUAAUGAUUACGAUUAAUUUUUGAUAUCCGUUUUGAAUUAAAGCUUUUAUUUUUGACCAAUAAGAAUACAGUAAACUUCAAAUGUCCGGCGGGAUGUCAAAGUUGCUGUCAAGUUUGUUUACAGUUGAAACGAUGCACAUGUCGAAGGAUUACAGAAUCAACACGUUCUGUUUUUACAAUUAAUCUGUAAUUUUCAUAAUGGAAGACAAUUACCGAUCAACAUUUUCACCUCAUAUGGGAUCACUGCGGAGUCCUUCUAAGCGACCUCUGUAUAGGAACCAAGAUGAGAGUUUUACCUUGAACCACGACAACACACAGUACCAUGAAUACCCAAACAAGCCAUUUAUCAACGAUGAUUACAGACAAACUAAACCAACAAAAGCAUACCCUGAGAACAAUAGGACAGCCCGAAAGAAAUACUACAAUAGAACAGCGGUAAUAUCAGCCCUAAAGAAUCUUCAAGAUAAGAUCAGAAAGUUGGAGCUAGAACGAGGAGCUGCCGAAGACAAUCUGAAAAGUUUGGCAAUAGAAACAAAUAAAUACAGAGACAUUUUACAAAGAGACAGAGAUAUUGAAGAGCCUCGUCAGUCAGCUGUGUCUAAAAAUACACAAGGUAGGGAGAGUGACCUCCCCUUCUCAUCAAAUCAUGUUACACUAAAUUUACAUCAAGAAAAUGGUGGGAUUUCUCCAAAAAGUCAACCUUCUUUUUCACAGGACAGAGAUGGAGAAGUGACCUCUCUCUCUACUCGCUAUUCUCUAAAUUCACACCCUGAUGUGAAGGAAGAUGCCAGGAAAAUGUUGUCCCAGUCACGAGAGCUUGAAUCACAACUGUCGUCUGCUGAGACUAGAAGUCAGCUGCUGGAAAAACAAUUGGAUUACAUGAGAAAGAUGGUACAGAAUGCUGAGUCGGAUCGUCAGGAUGCCAUGGUAACCAAUGCCUUGAUGAAAACAAAAGACAGAUAUGGUCUCUCUUCCACCGAAUUAAAGGAUCAUGAUCAUAAGAUUUCUGACUUAGAACGAGAACAUUUAAAACUGACAGCAACUCAAACAUUAUCAGAGAACAAAAUAAGAGAAUUAGAAGAGAAAUUACAAGAAGAAAAACAUCACAGAAAAUUAUUAGAAGAAAAAGCUGUCGAGUUAGAAACAAUGGCCGCCACAAAUAGAAUUUUAAUGGAAGCUGAUUUAGAUGAACCUUCAAGUAAAUCAAAACCAAAGAGACCAGCUAAGAAGAAAAAGAAAGUAGUAGCUAAGUCAGGCAAAAGACAUUGCUCAGAUCCCACAAAACAUUACAGACUUAACUUAGCAGAAAUACCAUUUGUAGCCGGCACUUCUCUCACACCUAGUCAUUCUGUUGGGGGUAAUGUACAGCGAGUUCUAGCUUUAAUGAAGUCCCACAAUAUGGCUUUAUGUUCAGAACUUAGUGACAACAGAUCUUCCAGUCCUUCCUCAGGCUCAAGUAAUGGUAGUCUUAACAACGACCUUGCUGACCUACUGUUACAGUUACAGGAUGAGUUUGGUCAGAUGAGCUUUGAACAUCAAGAAAUUUCCAAUGAAAUCAAUGAAGCCACAGACCAUAAAGUGAGAGAAGAUUUGGAGAGAGAACUUGAAGCUUUGGUCUCUAGGAUGGAGGCUAAAAGUCAACAGAUAUCAAAAGUUAGGAAACAUCAACAAAAGUUGGAAGAAAAAAAGAAGAAAAUGAAGAAACGUCCAAACUCUGCGAAACAAAUAGACUCAAAAGAGACAACACCUCGUACAAAAUCAUCCUGUUCUAAUUAUAGUUCUGGUGAAGUAGAAGUGACGACUACGAUACGAACAAAAGGUUCUAAUGUUGGAAAGGUGCAAGUUAGGCCACACAGUGGACAUAAAGUGUCGUUAAACGUUCUAAAAGACAUGAAAAAAUUACAAACAACAUUACGGAAAGAUGAUCUGAAAUGGGAAUAGUGAAUGUGAUAUUAGUUAUAUACAAUUGUGCAUUUUAAAACAGGGCAUAUUUAUACUCCAAACAUAUGAUACCUUUACAUCGUCUGGCAAUGAAUGAGUUUUUAUAGGACGCCCUCAGUAGUUAUUUAUGUGUAAAUUAUUAAAAUAGGCAUAUUUAUAUGUUCAGGACAAUUUACAACAGUUACGUGUGAAUAUCUAAGAACUUUGGCCAAGUUUACUCUAGAUUUGUUUUGCUUUACGAUACUGUGGAUCCUUAAUUGAUGGCUUUCAAAUAACUUUGAAGAAUGAAGAACAACAAUAAGAUGUUAAUCCUUUGAUAUAAGUAAGUUAAGUCCCAUUAUAUUACAUGGGGGAUUUUUUUUUUUUUCAUUUAUCCAUUCCAUAUAUACAUUUUCCCAAUUGAGGCAUAGAUGCCAACCAUUACGAUUUUUGCGUAGUUUUUCCGAUUUUGCUAUAAAAACUACGCUAUUACGGUCAAAGUCGAAUAGUUACGGAUUACCAAUCAUCGCCGUUCAAUUUUGUAAAACACGGAAUUUUAUCAUUACUUUUCCGUCCUGGUCCGGUAUUUAGAAAACGCCAAUGUAAUGCUUCCGGUUUCUCUGGAGUUAUCAACCUAUUGUUGAAUAACUAACUGACUUCCGAAUAGGCAAACUUGCAUUUUAUGAAGUAGCUUUCCCCCUUUCUCUACUUCUCCUUGACAAAAUGAAAAUGUUUGAGUCGAGAACAUCUGAGCAAUUAAUUAAUGGAAUACAUACUACAGACCAACAUGUUAAACGACAAAUUUUAGUGCACAUCACCUUGCAACCACUCGUCAGUAAUUUUUAUUGGUAAGUGUACGUUUAUGAAUGAUUACUGAAAACUUUUCAAAAAUACGGAAAAUUUCAUAGUUUGUUACUGAUUGUGUCAAAAGGGGGUUGGCAUCUAUGAUUGAGGUUAAAUUCACACAACACAUUCAAAGUUAAUCAAUUUUGGAUAUUAUCUUUGUCAUAUUGUUUCAGUUUUGCCGCUGGAGUAUAAAUAUGCCCUCAUUUCAACAAGAACUAUAGCUACAUGCCUCACUGAUAUUAUUCAUGUGUACCUCAGCAAAUGCAUCAAUUACAGUAUAUAAAGGGACAUAACUAUACAUAUUUCAAUGGCAAAUCAAAAUAUUAUCUCCCUUUAUUCUUCAUGGAAUAUUUCAUUUUUUGGAAGAAUUCAGUUACAGCUAGACUAGUCACUUCUUGUGUAUGUACUCAGUCCACUGAAAAAUAAAAUAUAAGUAUAACCAAGAAUUCACAUUCAGCCGCUAAUUGUAAGCAAACAAAAUAUCAAUAAAUCUUUAACUUUUGUUAGUAUAAAUCAAACUGGUCAAACACAAUUUGAUUGGCUAAUGAGAAUAAUUUUCCUCAGUCAGUAGAAAGUAAACAAUAUUUAUUGAUUUUAAUGGUCCAUUGAGUAAACAUAUUUUUCUUUGUACACGCUCCAAUAAAUAUGAUGUAAAUUUUUUUAACUUUUGUUUGCACUUAUAAGUACAUUUUGACCACUGAGGGAAAGAAUGUAUCUUAAUUUUAGUUUUAUUUAUUUUCAUAAAGUGCUCAUAAUGUUGUGCUAGUUUUUAUCUUGAAAUAUUUUUUGUGUUUAAAUUUGAAAGAGAGUCAAUUUUUAAAUGUGAAACAAUUUUUAUACGACCGCAAAUUUUGAAAAAAUUUUCGUCGUAUAUUGCUAUCACGUUGUCGUCGUCGUCGUCGUCGUCGUCGUCGUCGUCGUCCGAAUACUUUUAGUUUUCGCACUCUAACUUUAGUAAAAGUGAAUAGAAAUCUAUGAAAUUUUAACACAAGGUUUAUGACCAUAAAAGGAAGGCUGGUAUUGAUUUUGGGAGUUUUGGUCCCAACAUUUUAGGAAUUAGGGGCCAAAAAGGGCCCAAAUAAGCAUUUUCUUGGUUUUUGCACUAUAACUUUAGUUUAAGUUAAUAGAAAUCUAUGAAAUUUUGACACAAGGUUUAUAACCACAAAAUAAAGGUUGGGAUUGAUUUUGGGAGUUUUAUUUUCAACAGUUUAGGAAUUAGGGGCCAAAAAAGGGCCCAAAUAAGCAUUAUUCUUGGUUUUCGCACAAUAACUUUAGUUAAAGUAAAUAGAAAUCAAUGAAAUUUAAACACAAUGUUUAUGACCACAAAAGGAAGGUUGGUAUUGAUUUUGGGAGUUUCGGUCCAAACAGUUUAGGAAUUAGGGGCCAAAAAGGGACCCAAAUAAGCAUUUUUCUUGGUUUUCGCACCAUAGCGUUAGUAUAAGUGAAUAGAAAUCUAUGAAAUUUAAACACAAGGUUUAUGACUAUAAAAGGAAGGUUGGUAUUGAUUUUGGAAGUUUUGGUCCCAACAGUUAAGGAAAAAGGGGCCCAAAGGGUCCAAAAUUAAACUUUGUUUGAUUUCAUCAAAAUUGAAUAAUUGGGGUUCUUUAAUAUGCCGAAUCUAACUGUGUAUGUAGAUUCUUAAUUUUUGGUCCAGUUUUCAAAUUGGUCUACAUUAAGGUCCAAAGGGUCCAAAAUUAAACAAAAAUUGAAUAAUAAGGGUUCUUUGAUAUGCCAAAUCUAACUGUGUAUGUAGAUUCUUAAUUUUUGGUCCAGUUUUAAAAUUGGUCUAAAUUAAAGUGCAAAGGGUCCAAAAUUAAACUAAGUUUGAUUUUAACAAAAAUUGAAACCUUGGGGUUCUUUGAUAUGCUGAAUCUAAAAAUGUACUUAGAUUUUUUAUUAUUGGCCCAGUUUUCAAGUUGGCCCAAAUCGGGGUCCAAAAUUAAACAUUGUUUGAUUUCAUCAAAAAUUGAAUAAUUGGGGUUCUUUGAUAUGCCAAAUCUAACUGUGUAUGUGUAUGUGUAUGUGUAUGUAGAUUCUUAAUUUUUGGUCCAGUUUUAAAAUUGGUCCAAAUCAGGAUCUAAAAUUAUUAUAUUAAGUAUUGUGCAAUAGCAAGUCUUUUCAAUUGCACAGUAUUGUGCAAUGGCAAGAAAUAUCAAAUUUCACAAUAUUGUGAAAUAGCAAAUUUUUUUUAAUUAAGAGUUAUCUUUCUUUGUCCAGUAUAGGAAGCAAGAAAUAUCUGCAAGAAUUUUUUUUAAUUGGAGUUAUCUUUCUUUGUCCAGAAUCAACUUAAAUCUUUGUUAUAUACAAUAUACAAUGUAUAUUAACUUUUUACUACCAACUGAUAAAUUUAAAUAAUCUUUACCAUUCAGUGAUAACAAGCAGUUUUUUUUACAUCAUGUAUUUAAAUGAGUAGUAAUUGUUGCAAACUCCAUUAGAAUAUUUUAAUUGAAAUUAGUUUUGGAAUAAGGGAAAGGGGGAUGUGAAUAAAAAAAUUGGGUUAAAUUUUUCUCAUUUGAAAUUUCAUAAAUAAAAAGAAAAUUUCUUCAAACAUUUUUUUGAGAGGAUUAAUAUUCAACAGCAUAGUGAAUUGCUCUAAGAGAAAACAAAAAUUUUAAGUUCAUUUGAAUACAUUCAUUCUGUGUCAGAAACCUAUGCUAUUUAAUCACAAUCCAAAUUUAGAGCGGAAUCCAGUUUGAAUGUUAUGUCCAUACUUGCCCCAACUGUUCAGGGUUCAACCUCUGCGGUCGUAUAAAGCUACGCCCUGCGGAGCAUCUGGUUAUUUUUGUGAAGAUGUUCUUGUUUUUUACUUGAUUUUUACCUUGUGCUGGUUAUGAAAUCAAACACAAGUAAAGAAGGUCAUUCAAAUUUUUUUCCUAAUAUUGGUUUGAAAAAAUGCAAAUUGAUAAUGUUCUACAAAAAUAGUUUUCAGUCUUGAAUCACUAAGUAGCGUAUUAUCUCAUGAAUAUUUAUAUUUGUUAUCCAAGUAAACAUUCCAAACAUCAUCUCUUCCCAUUGUGUCUGAUAGUGUGAAUGUUUAUAGGUUAAAGGUUACAAAUAAGUAUUUACUGUGCAGUUAGUAUGUAUGAGUGUAAUUUAGGUGAUUGUACAAUUUUCCCACUUCUGGCUUUCAUUUAAAACUGUUUCAGACUAAAAGUAAAUGUUUCUAAAACAAAUUCCAAAUAAGUUUGAAAAUAUUCAUUUAUUUAUUUGGUAUUAUAAGAAUUAGUAGUACAUGUAAUAAUUGAAGAGCAAUCAAUUACCUCUAAACUAUGAAAUAUCUUGGUUUUUUUUGUGUAGCUGGGUUACUGUCUCAUUUACGUAUAUACCCACCAUCUCCUGUUUAUAUUUAUAUCUUUACUUUAAAAAACGUUUCAUUUGUUUCUUACAGAAAUUGCAAAUGGAAUUAAAGUACAAAAAAAAUGUAGUAAUAUAUUUAGGGCGGCACUACUUUCUAGUAGCUUCAUAAUUUUUCAGUUUGCUUUCAAAUUUGAUGAAAAAUAAUUUGUCGGACUUUAACCUAAGAAAAAAGUUUUUUUGCCCAGCCAAUUGUAUUUCUGUUCAAUCCUGUACCCUAAAUAUUUCUGGUACCUAAUAACCACUCAAGUUCAAUAAAGGAUAUGUUGAACAUUUGCCACAUUUCUAUGUAAGGGUAAACUGCAUCCCUGAUACAUAACUAUUCUAAUCCAUCAAGAGUAAACUGUAUCCCUGUUACAUUAUUCUAUUAUAGAAGUGAAUGCCAGGUAAUAGUGGUAUCCAGUAAGUGUGUAUACAUCAUUCAUAAUUCAUCAUCUUGCCCAUUAAUAUUACUAUCUGUGAUUAUAUGAUUUGUCUUCUGUAUGAAUUACACCAUAAACACUCAUUAGCUCACUUAUCAUCUUUAAAAGUUUAAAAAAGCACACAUAUUUUGGAUAAGAGUUGAUAAAGUUAAAUUUGGCAGCAAUUAUGAUGCUUUAUUGCUUCCAUGGGAAACUGGACUUAUUUUUCAAAUUCAAAAUUUUAUUAAGCGAAAUUUUAAUGUUCUUAUUGUAUCCAUAAAAUCUGACCCAUGGUUUCACAAGUCAAUGUUUAUUUUUUUUACUUUUGAACAUUUUUAAUUGCAUAUUAUAGUAAUAAAAAAAUAUAAUUCCAUUUAAUAGCAAAACUCUGAACUUGAAAAUAAGUGUUAAACAAAGUGACAUAUUUUUAAAAAGAAAUAAUACCCUACACUAAUUAAGAGUAUAAAACAUAGAACACUGUUUAUACAGAAGAUGGAUCAUUGUUUUUAUUGGUAUUUUAUAUUUGUUAUAUGUAUAGGUCAUUUAUUUUAUAUACAAAUGUAAAUAUGAAUAAAUUAUAUACAAAAGUG